GUCGUUUCUUCUUUUUUUCUUUCAAUAAUUUUCUUCUCAUUUGAUCCUCCCCUAUAUAUUUCUUCCAUCUAUCUUAUUUAUCUGCAUUCAAAGAGCUUAUUCAUUCUGAACAAAGAAUCCAUGGAGUUCCAUCUCUCACUAUCAUCAACCACAGCAACCACUUUUUUUUCUGUUAUUCUACUAGCUUUCCUACUCCACAUCGUCAACAGAAAGAGGGUAAAGAUAGGGAAGAACAGAAAACCCCCUCAAGCAAAGGGCGCAUGGCCUAUAAUUGGACACCUACACCUUCUUGGUGGAUCUGAGCUACCUCACAAGGUACUAGGUGACAUGGCUGAUAAACACGGCCCCAUUUUCACUAUCAAGCUUGGUGUUCACCAAGUCUUGGUGGUAAGUAAUGGGGACAUAGCUAUGGAUUGCUUCACUACAAACGACAAGGCCUUUGCUAGUCGACCCAAAGCAUUAGCAGUAGAGCUCAUGGCCUACAACUAUGCCUUGUCCGGCUUUGCUCCAUAUGGAGAUUACUGGCGAAAAUUGCGCAAAAUAAUCAUGCUCGAGGUUCUUUCUCAACGACGUGUUGAGUUGCUUGAACAUGUUCGAGUUUCAGAACUUAGAGCAUCCAUAAAAGAUAUAUAUGAAGCUUGGGUACACAACAAAAAGUGUAAAAAUUCAGAUAUGGUGAAAGUGGAGAUGAGUCAAUGGUUUGGGAACUUUGUAUUAAACAUUUUGGUUAGGAUCAAUUCAGGAAAGAGGUUUUCUCACAAUGAUGAAGAAGGGAUAAGAUUUCAAAUGGUAGUAAGGAAAUAUUUCGAGUUAUUAGGGGCAUUUGUGGUGUCUGAUUUUAUACCUUAUCUCAAGUGGUUGGAUGUGGGUGGAUACAAGAAAGCAAUGAUACAGACAGGGAAAGAGCUGGACAUCUUUUUUGAGGGAUGGUUAAAGGAACGCAAAAUAGAGGGAGGAUCAACACAGAAACUUGAAGGCAGCCAAGUGUUCAUAGAUGUGUUAAUUGACAUUCUUCAAGCUGCUUCCAAAGACGAAUUUCCUGGUCUUGAUCAUGAUACAAUUAUAAAAUCGACAUGUCAACAACUGCUAACAGCAGGCUUGGACACAACAGCAGUGACAUUAACAUGGGCUUUAUCAUUGCUGCUAAACAACCCAAAAGCAUUAGAAACUGCCAAACAUGAAAUAGAUGAACGUGUUGGAAAUGACAGACUGGUGGAGGAGUCAGACAUUAAGAACUUGGUCUACCUGGAUGCCGUCAUCAAAGAAACAUUACGUUUAUACCCAGCUGGGCCUCUUUCUGUUCCUCACGAAUCCAUUGAAGACUGCAUUGUGGGCGGAUACAACAUCUCAAAAGGCACACGUUUGCUUGUAAAUCUUAGGAAAAUGCAUCGUGAUCCUAAUGUAUGGUCAGAUCCCAAUGAAUUUCAGCCAGAAAGAUUCUUGAAGAGUAAAAAGGAUAUUGAUGUCAAAGGGAAACACUUUGAGUUGCUUCCGUUUGGUAGUGGUAGAAGAAUGUGCCCUGGUGUUUCGUUCGCCCUACAGGUUUUGCGUUUAACAUUAGCAAGUUUGAUACAGCAGUUCACGCUCAAAAGGCCAUCAAAUGAACCUAUUGAUAUGAGUGAAAACCCUGGGAUGACAAGCGGCAAAGCAACAUCACUUGAGGUCCUCCUUGCUCCUCGUUUAUCCUAUCAUAUGUAUCAGUGAACUUGUAAUUAUUGGAAAUAAUUCAAUCAAGUAGAGCCGUUAUGCAUGGAUGAGAAUAAAUUAAGUUGGUUCCUAAUUUCACGUAUCAGAUCCAUCUUUAUCGUUUUGUUUAGUUAUUUAGUUUAUCUGAUUUAGUCAUCUGUUUACGUUAUGUUUCUGUUGCAAUUUUUGUUUGAUGUAAUCUCUAUUUAAGGCAUUGCCUAGUAUUGAAUAAAUUCAUCCGAUUAAACAUUU